CUCGGGCGCCCGCGGCGGCGACGGCGGCGCAGGGGAACCAUGACAGAAGAUGACCGAGGCGGCGCUGGUGGAGGGCCAGGUCAAGCUGCGGGACGGCAAGAAGUGGAGGAGCAGGUGGCUGGUGCUGCGCAAGCCGUCGCCGGUGGCAGACUGUCUGCUGAUGCUGGCCUACAAGGACAAGUCAGAACGCACCAAGGGACUCCGGGAACGCAGCAGCCUGACCCUGGAGGACAUCUGCGGCCUGGAGCCUGGUCUGCCCUACGAGGGCCUGGCCCACACGCUGGCCAUCAUCUGCCUGUCCCAGGCUGUCAUGCUGGGCUUUGACAGCCGUGAGGCCAUGUGUGCCUGGGACGCCCGGAUCCGCUACGCGCUGGGCGAGGUGCACAGGUUCCACGUGACGGUGGCACCGGGCACCAAGCUGGAGAGCGGCCCGGCCACCCUCCACCUCUGCAAUGACAUCCUCGUCUUGGCCAGGGACGUCCCUCCAGCCGUCACGGGGCAGUGGAAGCUGUCCGACCUCCGGCGCUACGGGGCCGUGCCCAACGGGUUCAUCUUUGAAGGCGGGACCAGGUGUGGUUACUGGGCUGGAGUCUUCUUCCUGUCCUCGGCUGAGGGGGAGCAGAUCAGCUUCUUGUUUGACUGCAUCGUGCGGGGCGUCUCCCCGACCAAGGGCCCCUUUGGGCUGAGGCCGGUUCUCCCAGACCCGAGCCCCGGGGGGCCCUCGACUUUGGAGGAGCGAGUGGCCCAGGAGGCCCUGGAAGCCCUGCAGCUGGAGAAGCGGCUCAGCCUCCUCUCACAUGCGGGCCGGCCGGGCAGCGGAGGGGAUGACCGCAGCCUGUCCAGCUCGUCCUCAGAAGCCAGCCACUCGGACAUCAGCGCUGGCAGCCGGCUCACCGCGUGGCCAGAGCAGUCCUCGUCCUCGGCCAGCACGUCCCAGGAGGGGCCGGGCCUGGCGGCUGCCCAGGCCCCCAGGGAUGCCACUCUGGGCGCCUCCAGGCUGCCCCCCACGUCGCUGCGGCCGCGGCAGCUGCGGGAGGUCGGUCGCCAGAGCUCCUCCGACAGCGGCAUCGCCACGGGCAGCCGCUCCUCCUGCUCGGGCAGCUUAUCGUCCUACGCGGGCAGCAGCCUGGACGUGUGGCGGGCCGGCGAUGACUUCGGCUCGCUGCAGAGCCUGCCACCCCUGGCUGGGGCACCCGAGCCCAGCCUGUGCACCUGCCCGCCCGGUGCAGCGGAGUACCAGGUGCCCACCUCUCUGCGACACCACUAUGACACGCCCCGCAGCCUGCGCUCGGCCCCCCAGGGUGGUCCCGACGACGGUGCUGCUGGGGACCUGGGCGGCCAGACGUCCGCCGGGUGUCCCUCUGGCUGGCUGGGCGCAAGACGGCGGGGACAGGCAACAGAGGCCCCAGGCAGCGAGGCAGCGCUGCCCAGCCCAGCCCCCGGCGAGCCCUGGGAGGCCGGCAGCCCCCACGCUGGGCCACCUCCAGCUUUCUUUUCAACAUGUCCAGUCUGUGGAGGACUCAAGGGAGCAGCUGCCUUACCCCCUGGAUCUGUGAGGACACAUUCAGGGUCCCCGGGGCCGGAGAGGACACUUGGCGAGGCACCCACCUACAUGAACAUCCCUGUCAGCCCCUCCUCCAAAAAGCAGCUGCACUACACGGGCCUGGAGCUCCCGGAGGCCAGCGCGGGGGUCCGAGGGGCCGGCACCUCCCGCUACGCACAGAUUGACAUUGCGGCCACCGAGACGGCGCACAGGGUGGGGACCCGGCACGCACAGACCCGGGAGGAGAGGCUGCCCGAGCUGGAGCAGCGGAGGAAGGGGCCGUCACCGUGAGGCCACAGCGCCAGGCCGGGGCUGGCAGACACCCACACAAUGUGGCCAGGCACGCCACCCCCUUCUGUCAGCCAUGGCUGCUGUCACGAGGGAGCCCUGGCCUCUCUACAGACAUCUCUGCUCUGUCCUCCGGUGGUCUGGGUUCAAGUCUGAGAUUCUUGACUUCCCAGCUGCAGGGGAGGGUGGGGCUGGUCUCCGUGCCCUGUGGGGGUGGGUGGAAGGUUCCAGGGCCCACACCGGCACAUUCCAGCGUGGAGCCACUUGCAGGGCUCCCCUCUCCCUGCCCGGCCUCCCGCCUCACUGGUGCCCAGUGCUGACCCUUCCCUUGAUCUGGACAAGCCAUUCUGGAUCUCAGGCGCUGAGAGGGGUCUGAUUCCAGGAGUCGGGCAGCGUCCGGGACCUGACACCGCAUCUCAGGCUGCGGGCCACCUGGGGGUGAACAGUUUCUGAGGCCUGGGAUGCAAACUGCCCUCCCCAUCCCUGGCAGAGGCGGCCACACAAUGACAGCCAUAUCCCAGCAAAGAGCAUGUCCCCAAACUGAGGCAGUGCAGCCCCUGCAGCAGAAGGAGCUGUGCCCCACACCGCCACGCCUGGCCCUCCUUCUGAGACUGCCAGCCAGGUCUUCUGGUGCCCCCCUUGCCACCUCCCUGCAGUGCCAUCUCUGUGCCACCCGCUGCUGACUUGGAACGGGAACCUCGGCCAGCCAGGGUGGGAAGGACUGUCCACCUGUCAGCUGCCAGCGUUGCCGAGAGGCCAGGAAUUGACCUGACCACUGGCUUCUUGGGACCCAUUAGUCAGUCAUGUACCUAGUUUAUGUUGUUACUGUUCCGUUUUU